AUGGCGCUCCUUAGCCCGUUCUGCGACAACGUAGAGUGGGGGGAUGACGUGAUGGCGGUUCGCGGGAAGCGAGCUGGCAAGCGGGAAGGUGGAAUAUACGCUAGGCAAGACUGGUAUGCACUGCCCUACGCCGGAUUGUGUACCCGCGCGGAGACGAUGCCAGCGGGCUCACACGUACUUCGAGUAAGGCCGAAGCCUGAAGGGAUCAGAGGAGGCGAGGGCGAGGGCGAGGCGGUGCGUCGGAGCCUCGGAGGUACAUCCGGUCCGGAUCUCGUCUCGGUUAAUGACGUGUCAUUCCGUCGGAAUGGAGAUGAAACAGAUGACUAUCUGAAACAUGCCGGCAAGGGGCGUGACUGCCGAAUUUCUGGUAAGGCGCAGGAAUGCCCCGGCCGGCCUCGCUGGCUAUUUUGCGCAUCACGGAGGAGGACCAGCACGUCCGGGACAGCUCCCAAGACAUCAGCGGGCUAUAAGUGCCAAAUUGCCUCUGUACCUUCAGACUCCCAGCUAGGUCAGCCUCACCAUCUAUACCUCUCGCGCACCAGUCACACGACCUCAAUUGAAAUGUCCGGCCCUACUACCGAAUCUGUUCUUGGAAGUGCUGGCGAUAGGCUGUCCUUCAUUGACGAAGAGCUCUAUAGCAUGCUUCUUCACUUUGCCAAUGGGUACAAGAUCUUAGGAAGGAUGAUUGACCGCUCCUUAGCUAAUCGAUCCUCAGUCAACCUCCUGUCCGCCUUCCAGAUCUACUGCGCUUCCGACCUCUCCUCUGCCUUCGCCAAGAUCAACCAUCUCCUCUACCUCGCUCGCUCUGCAUCCACGCACGGCAUCACCGACCUCCACGUCCUCCUCACCGAUCCGUCCCCACGCCAGCACCUCCUCCGCGCCUGUCACGCCAACCUGCCCUUCCUCGUCCUGGGCUACAUUAUCCUCGUCACUUCCCUCAUUGUCUACACGACCGAGACCCAUCGACCGAAGAAGGGCACUCUCAAGCGGAAAGUGGAGGAGUCCAUCGCGAUCAACAGCCGGAUGAUGGGCGUCCUCACUGGCCUAUGGAUACUCUCCUUCUGCCGCAGUCGCCACUUCUUCGGCCCCCUUAUCCGCAUCAUCGCUAUUCUGACCCGGAUCGACGAGGAGGCACUGGCGUGGGCUCUUCUGCUGUAUCGGUGGGUUGGGUGGCUAGCGAUCAUUGCGGUGUUUGGAGACAUCGAAGAGGGAGCGCGGGAGUGGGUGGAGGAUCGGAAUGACCCGGCCUAUCACCAGACCCGAGGCGCGUUAGCUUGGGCGCGAGGUGAAGCCGCUGCGGUAGCUUGGGAGGACUAUAAGACUCAGCUCGCCCAGCAGUUCGUCCUGGCGCACUCGGGCGCGAACGAGGAAGCCAAGAAGGAUAGAAGGGACCUUGUCUCGAGGAUGGUCUGA